UUAGAUUACACGCUCAGACGUAUUUCAGGUAUCGGAACGGGUGGAUCGGCCAGUGUUCGGUGACUUCGAAUCUAACCAGUCGCAAAAGGCCAAGAAACAAACGCAUACGCAGAAAUAUAUUAAUGUACUAAAACAUGUCUGCCGAACAGAAAGGUCCGGUCAUCGGCAUCCGGCACCUACAGGCGAUGCUCCUCUUUUUAGCCAUAGUUGUGAAUUACGUGGCGCGGCUCAGUGUCAGCGUGGCCGUGGUGGCCAUGACGGAUGCAGACACAAGCAAUCCAAAAUUUCCGGAGUACAACUGGACCGGCGUGGAGACAUCGUACGUUCUGUCCAGUUUUUACUGGGGCUACAUCAUAACUCAGUUUCCGGCCGGUUUUCUGGUGCGCCGCUUCGGUGCCAAAAUGGUCCUUCUUGUUCCCACUCUUGCAACUGCGGUUCUGAGCGGGAUCACGCCUCCCUGCGUCGCCUGGGGCGGAUGGCAGGCCUUCAGCGUCAUCAGGAUAGUAGAGGGAUUGUUUCAAGGCCUCAUUUUUCCGUGCAUCCAUGAGCACCUUGCCAAAUGGUCGCCGCCCAAAGACCGAAACAGGCUGGGGGUUUUUGCCUACUCGGGAGCAGACUGCGGAUCAGUUUUGGCCAUGGCUAGCAGUGGCUUAAUCGCCAACAGCUCCAUGGGCUGGCCAGGAAUUUUUUACGUGUCGGCGGGAAUGUGUGGAGUGUGGUGCGUGCUCUGGUUGCUUCUUAGCUCCAACAAUGCGCCCAGCUCUCGACUGAUAGGCGCCCAGGAACGGGAUUAUAUCGAGCGAUCGAUGAAGAGGCCCGAUGGAUUCCACGCCCAAAAGAUUCCCGUGCCGUGGCGGGCCAUUUGGACCUGUGCCCCCUUCUACGCCCUAUUGAUUGUUCGAAGCGCCCAGGGUUGGGCCAACUCCACAAUGCAGCUGCAAACGCCCUCGUAUAUGCAUGGCGUUCUGGAGAUGGACAUCAAGAGCAAUGCGCUCUAUUCGGCGCUGCCCUUCCUGGCCAUGUGGUGCAUGUCGUACGUAUACCUGGCCUUCGCAGACCUGGCCUUGUCCCGGAGCUGGAUGUCGCUUACAACACUGCGGAAAUCCAUCAACACGAUCUCCUACUGGGGACCCGCAGCGGCGCUGAUCGGCAUCGGGUUCUUAGACAAGAGCCAGACCAACCUGGCGAUCGCUUUGAUGACUAUCAACGCCGGAUUGAACGCCGGUUCUGGCAUCGGGAGCAUUCUGACGAUUAUCGACAUGUCCCCCAACCACUCGGGCAUGCUAAUGGCUAUUGUGAACGGAAUCGGAAACAUAUUUCCACUUCUGACGCCCCUCUUGGUGGGUGUGAUUGUAACAGAACCGGGGUCUCGAAGUCAGUGGCAGAUCGUGUUCGGCAUGACCGCCGUGGUGUUCUUUUUCGGCAAUCUGGUGUACCUCAUCUGGGGCACGACAGACCUGCAGGCGUGGGACGCUGAGAACUACCUGAGUCCCCAUGACCAGGAAUCUACGUCCAAGAACCAGAUGGACCUGAAGUCAAAGGCGGAGAAAAAGGAGUCCAAGACAACUUGAUUAGAAAUAGGAUUCGCAACUGGCUACUGGACAAGUACAUGGUGUAUGGAUUGGAAAGAAAUGUUUAACUGCCCAACGCUGAUUAAACGCAUUUUGGGUCCGGAA